AUGAGGGGCUAUCUAGAAGAUGGGGAAGAAUCUGGACGGACAACGCCAGAAGGCAGGGGGCCAGCCUGCAGCCUGGCGCCCGCGGCGCGGGAGGUGAAGGUGGCCUGUUCGGAGGAUGUGGACUUGCCCUGCACUGCCCACUGGGACCCGCAGGUCCCCUACGCGGUCUCCUGGGCCAAGCUUACAGUCAGCGGUGCAGAGAGGCUGGAGGUGCCCCAGGAAGACCUGCAGUCCUAUCACCGGAACAGCACUUCAGAGGCUCCCGGUGAAAGGCCAUACUCCCUGAAGAUCCGAAACACUACCAGCUGCAGCUCGGGGACCUACAGGUGCACCCUGGAGGAUCCGGAAGGACAGAGAAACCUCAGUGGCACUGUGAUCUUGAAAGUGACAGGAUGCUCUCAGGGACGCAGAGAAGAGACUUUUAAGAAAUACAGAGCUGAGAUUGUACUGCUGUUGACUCUGGUCAUUUUCUACUUAACACUCAUCAUUUUCACUUGCAAGUUUGCACGACAGCAGAGUAUUUUCCCAGAUUUUUCUAAACCCGUCAUGGAACAGGCUUUCCUGCCAGUCACCUCCCCAAGCAAGCAGUUGGAGCCCGUGACUCUUCACAAGACGGUACUGGUGUGAGCAGGACUUCUGCAGGCUGUGUUUUCUAAGGACGGAGGCUCCACGGGGUGCCUCCAGACUGCAGAGGCGCGAGCCCCUCACUGAAGAUGGCAGCCUUCCCGUGAAGUCCUUCCCUCGACCGAGACAUCCCAAAGUGGAUCCCACGCCGCCUUUUGUGAGCAGGGCCUCGAAGACUGUGACAUGACCGCAAAGCGUGAGGCCACCUGCAGGGGGCUUGCCCCUGCUGCUUCUCCGUGACCUUCUCAGCGUUGUAUUCAGCGCUCCGGUCAACCUCUUGGACAAUUUUUUCAGUCCUAGAAAAGCUAUGGUGAGAUCCAGUUGGAAAAAGGGUCUUGGGAAAUACGAAUGCCCAGAGCUGGCCCUGUGAUAGACCAUUGAGGACAGCUGUCCUCUUCCACAUCUGGAGAACAUCUCUGAACGUGCUGUCCAAGCCCAGAUGUUUUAUGUCUGGGAGAAAUCGACAGGCCAAGCUGUGAGACAGUGGGAAAUAUUUAGCAAAUAAUUUCCCGGUGGGAAGGCCCUGCCAUUACCACGGAGUAUGAUGUGUACAUAGAAAUAGCAGGUCGGUGAACUGUCCCCAGCAGGGCCUUUUGAUCGGGGAAAGACAUCCAUAAAGAAGCAAUAAAGAAGAGUGCCACAUUUAUUUUUAUAUCUGUGUAUACUUGUCAAAGAAGGAUUUGUGUUUCUUCUCCUUUUGAAAUCUCUAUCUUCAGUUAGAUGCCCUUGCUCACUGACCAGCAACCCGCAUGUGGAGGAGGAGGAGAAGUCGAAGACGGUGACAAUAAGAUACAGAGCUACUUAGUGACCUGAUGGAAAUGCUGGACCAAUUGUGCGGUCUGGGUGCUGGCCCCGCCGUUCCGCUCCCUGGCUGUCUGGUCUUAGACAAGAUCCUUAUGAUUUCUCCUCUCUCAGUUGUAAACCAAAAGGUUGUUGUAUGAGUUGGUUGGAAAAAAUGUAUGUGAAAAUGCUUUGAAAGAGUAUAAAGCACUAUCCAAAAUUCGAAACGCCUUCGGGUCAUUAUCCUUAUUAUUGCAGUGUUGCUCUGGGCAUGAGAAAAUGCCUUUCAUUCUUCAUGUUUUCCAUCGCUCCAAACAAAGAAGGCUACGGAGGAGACUUUCCCAUAGUCUUCUGUACGAAUUCCUUCGGGGAAGUGAGGAGGCCAGUUCGGCGGUCUGUUCUUGAAGCACCAGCCAAAAGUACUCCAAGAUAUGGACACUCAGGAGCCACUGGGCCACGGGGAGAAGGGAAUUCACAAAUAUUCCGUUGAUGUUUUGGCAGUUGUUGGGUUUCUCUUAUCAGACUUGGCCCUUCCUCUACUUAAUUUCCGAAGAGAUAAUUGCCCACGCUGAUACUCGAGAGGAAAAGGGGUGCCGAGUUUAGUGUUUCUGCCUCUUUGCCAUAGCUUUCAUGUUAUUAAAUUUAUGCAUGUGAA